AAAAACGAAAGACACCAAAGCCACAGUCUCCUUCGUUACUCGUGCUCCAGCAGUUAUUUCAAACUUUUGAAGCAUAAGAGUAUGAAAUGUGCCAACUUGAUACGUGCUACGGUCUACCUGUUGGAAAGAAUAGGUCACGUUUCUCAUGGCGGUGAGGACUUUGAAGCCGAGAAGAUGGCUCGCUACCCCGUGCUGCGUGGUCUGUACGAGCUGGACAAGACUAUCGGUUGUGGAGGAUUCGCGAAAGUGAAGCUUGCCACACACAUUCUGACAGGAGAAAAAGUUGCCAUCAAGAUUAUGGACAAGCGCAGUUUAGGGGAAAAUCUACACAGGGUACGAGUUGAACUAGAUGCCCUACAGACUUUGUCACAUCAUCAUAUAAGCCAGCUGUAUCAAGUUCUUGAAACUGAGUCCCAUUUUUUUCUUGUAGUAGAGUACUGUUCAGGAGGGGAAUUAUUUGAUCACAUUGUUGAAAAGAAUCGUCUGAGUGAAAAAGAAGCAAGAGCUGCCUUCCGUCAAAUUGUAUCUGCAGUCGCGUACCUGCACAGCUUAGGUUUUGUUCAUAGAGAUCUAAAGCCGGAAAAUGUAUUACUGGAUAAGGAUUUAAAUAUGAAAUUAAUUGACUUUGGCCUGUGUGCCAAACCAAAUGGUGGAUUGAAAGGAUUUUUGUACACGUCCUGUGGCUCUCCAACAUAUGCUGCUCCAGAGCUUGUGCUUGGAAAAAAGUAUCUUGGUCAUGAAGUUGAUGUAUGGAGUAUGGGAGUUCUUCUUUACGCCCUGUUGUGUGGCUUUCUUCCAUUUGAUGAUGAUAAAAUUGAUACUCUAUACAAAAAGAUUCUUGAUGGCAAGUAUGAAGAACCAUCCUGGUUAACAAUGGAAAGUAGGAGACUGAUUAGAUCAAUGCUGCAGAUCGAUCCCAAAAAAAGAAUCAGAGUUGAUGAGCUUCUCAACCACCCAUGGGUGAUGCGAGGUUUCCGUGAACCUGUCUGUGUCAACAAUUCAAGCAAUAUGAAGGAGUAUGACAUUCAGUGUGUUGGUUUAUUGGCAAGGCAGAGAAAUGUCAGCCCAGAGGAUAUGUGGGAACUUUUGAGCAAAUGGAAGUAUGACUACAAUACUGCUACUUAUUUUCUAAUGCUGAAUCGAAAAAGACGAGGCCUUCCUGUGCGAUUGUUUGGCCCUGGAGCAACACCAUUCAGAAAUUACCGAAACAAUACACCUGUGGCAAGUGCUUUUGACAUGCAAAGAACCCAGCAGGAUUCAAUCAGUGGAAGGACAUUGACGACUCCUAUUAAGAGGCCUAUAGCAGAUGAUUCAACACCAGUUGUCCCAGACAAGAGAGAAAGAUCAGCCUUGACUCCAGUCAAUGAAGAAGCACACAGCCACUCAAACUACACUAAUGCUCCCAUCACAAGGCACCAGAAACAAAUCAACCAAGUGUGCAAAACCCCAGCCAAACCACCUGAGCUACCAAGUGCUACUUCAAACGGGAAACGGAAACUCAACAAGCGACUACACAGUCCUGGGCCAGACGAAUCGCCACUGUCUCCUCGCCGCACCAGGAGGGAGCAGCAGCAGCAGAGCGGCAAGGCGACGCAGCAAGGGACGCCGGCCGCCUGCACCCCGACGCCCGCCACCCCCGACAGGAGCGAGCCCACCGCCGCCAGGGGUUUGCUGGGCUCCAUCGAGCGCUCGCUGCACCGCGUCAGGCACAUCCUGACCCCGCGGCGCAAGAUGGACGCCAUGCAGGAGGAAGGAGCCAGCCCGCUGCAGCGCCCCGCCACCCCCGCCGUCCUCUCCGCCAAGGGCCUGUGCAACGUGUCGACGGCGAGCCGCAGCGACCCCGACGAAGUGCUCCAAGAGCUUCGGAGGGCGCUCUCCAGCAAGGGCAUCACCUGCAAGCAGAAGGGAUUCACCCUGCGCGGGAGGGUGGACGCGGAGAAGGGCCACCAGAUGUCCUUCGAGCUGGAGGUGUGCCUGAUCCAGACCUGCGCGCCCAACAUCCGAAACCCACCCGCCCCGCUGGUGGGCAUCCGCCGCAAGCGACUCAAGGGGGACGCCUGGUGCUACAAGCGCGUCUGCGAGGAGGUCCUCGCACUCGCGCAGCAAAGCGGCUGAAGUAGUUUUGGUGCGACCUCUUGACCUCUUAAUCAAAGCAUGAAUCCAUCAGUGGGCAAUUGAACGCACUUUCAACUGCGUCCAAGCUGAAUGUACCUCAAUGGUUUAUUUGGAAGUGGGCCACCGUUGCUGCUUGUCGAGUUUGAAGUGUGUUCAUUUUUCUCUUCCGUCCUCAUUGAAGUCUGAUUUGCCUCCAAUAGCGCCUUAUGCCUUGUGCCCUCACAAAGAUGGUUUAACUUAGAUCAUUUAUGUACCUUAAGUCUUCGAAAAGAUGAGCAACCUUAUUUGCAAGAAAAAUGAUCCAGUGAUUGAGAUGAUUUAAUGUCUCAAUCUUACCUCAGAGCAUCUAUUUUUGCUGGUUAAAGAAAUAAUCAAGGUGCCCCUAUGCCCAAAAUAAGAAACUCAAGUUGAAACCAAAAUAUUUUUAUUUUUAUAACGUAUAGUGUGCAAGUCUGUCAUCAUAUUUUCUUUUGAAUAUGCUGUCUAUGACUUGUGAAAAAAUAUAGUUUGAACUCUUACCUAUCUUCUUUUAUAUUUAUAAGCCAUUAAAUGUAUAGUAUAUACUACUAACCCAAUGAAAAUUUGAUAUUGUAACCCUAUUUUCUUGCGUUCUAAAAGGCAUCUGCAGCCAGUUGACUUUUGUAGUCAAUCUUGGACUGUUGGUCAGCCCAUUUGUGUAGAUACGCAAAUGAGUUGGUCUCUAAAAGCUGUGAUCAAAAAUGUGCCUUUUAAACUUUGAUAUUAUGUGUCGAUUGUUCUUUUAUGUAAUGAAAUAAAGGUAUAAGCACUGCCUUA